CCCUAACCCUUCUACACCGUUUCCAGUCUUCUUCUCUCCACGACUCUCUUUGUCAAACCCUGGCGCCCUAGAUCGUUUCUUUAACAUUUUGCCUGAUUUGGAGAUGUCGAAAGCUUCAGCUUUCAGUUUCUGAGAGUUUUCGGAAUUGCGGGAAGGGGGGAAAGCGGAUGAUUUUUUGAUUGGUUUGUUUCGAAUUGGGGGAAUUCUGGUGCCUGGAAAAAUUUGAUUUCUCGGAUUUGGAGAUCACGAAAGGCUGUUUGGUUUGUCCGGGUGAAGUACUGGUUUAAGUUUUUUGAUUGUUUGAUUCGAAUUGGGGUGUUGUUGGUGGGUAGAUGUCGGUGGAGAGGUCCUUCGAGGCGUGGGAGGAGGUGCAGAGGCACGGGCACGAUUUAGCGGACCGGCUCGCGCAGUUCACGGGAUUGAUUCAAUCGCACAUCACACCUCCCUCGUUUCAGUGGCCGAAUCCUCAAAAACCGAAGCUUUUCGAUGUCGAGUUCCCGAGCCAGAGUUUCGGGAACCAGGAUUUCGGUAUCGCGGUCGACAAUUCGGGGAUCAAUGGGGUUUCCGCAAUUUUCGAUAUCGGGAACAGGUUGGGGCAAGUCGGGGCGGAGUUUGGGGCCUGCUUGAAUGGGGUGGUUCAGCAAUUUUUUCGGAGGUUGCCGGUGCCGUUUCGGCAAGACGAGGGUGUAGCGGCGUCGGUUCGGGUGGGUGGGAGUGGGCAGCGGGCUGAUUUGGGUGUGGCUCUGCAGGAGGAUUUCAGGUUGGCGACAGAACGAUUGAGGGAAUUCGGGUUCGCAGAAAAUGAGGGGACUUUGGAUGGACUGGUGGAGGAGGAAAUUCCCGGUUUUGAUUUGAGCUCGGCAGGGCAUUUUGGUAGGCCACAGGGGACCAUUAAUAUUACAUCAACAUAUGACAGUAGAACACGUGAUGUGGAAAGUUCUUUACUUGCAAGGGGAGAUUUAUGGAGGGUAGAGGCAUCACAUGGCAGUUCUACAUCAGGAAGUGAGAAUUCAUCUCUUUUUCUUGUCCAACUUGGACCAGUGCUCUUUGUUCGUGAUACCACACUACUUUUGCCUGUUCAUCUUUCAAAGCAACAUUUGCUUUGGUAUGGUUAUGACAGGAAGAAUGGAAUGCAUUCUCUUUGUCCAGCAGUGUGGUCAAAGCAUAGAAGGUGGUUGUUGAUGUCAAUGAUCUGUCUCAAUCCUUUGGCUUGUUCUUUCAUGGAUUUGCAGUUUCCAAAUGGGCAGUUCACCUAUGUAUCUGGUGAGGGCUUAACUACCAGUGCUUUCCUACCUGUUUUUGGUGGCUUGCUUCAAGCUCAGGGUCAAUAUCCUGGAGAAAUGAAAUUCAGCUUCUCUUGCAAGAAUAAGUGGGGAACACGCAUUACACCUAUAGUCCAAUGGCCCGAUAAAUCAUUUACAUUGGGUCUUGCACAAGCCUUAGCAUGGAGGAGAUCCGGUCUCAUGGUGAGGCCAGCCAUCCAAUUCAGUGUUUGCCCCACUUUUGGUGGAACCAAUCCUGGGUUGAGGGCGGAGCUUAUUCACUCUGUGAAUGAAGACCUAAGUCUGAUCUGUGGCUGUGCAUACACAAUACAUCCUUCUGCAUUUGCUUCGAUAUCUCUUGGCAGGUCAAAGUGGAAUGGAAAUGUUGGGAACUCUGGGAUAGUUGCAAGAGUUGAGACCCCUCUUAGCAACUUUGGCAGGCCUUCCUUCUCUGUUCAGUUGAAUAGCGGUAUCGAGUUUUGAUCUCCCCCUUUUUUCUUGCUUCAUCUCAUGUAAUCUGCAGUCAAAAUGUACAUAUAGUCCCAAACUGACAUGUUGUCACAUGUGAAUAUCUAAUCUUUGUUCCAAUGAACACUUCAGUAAAUUGCACAUGUCACUUGGGACUUUUACCCAGAAACCAUUGUCAGAAAUUUUCUGUUUUUAAGUAAAGUUUAUGAAACAAGCAUGAUGGGUUUGUGGA